UUUGCAGGUGCUGCUGGUGAGUAGCAGUCGCUACCCAGACCAGUGGAUUGUCCCAGGAGGAGGGAUGGAGCCAGAGGAGGAGCCUGGUGGUGCUGCUGUGAGGGAAGUUUAUGAGGAGGCUGGAGUCAAAGGAAAAUUAGGCAGACUCCUGGGCAUAUUUGAGCAGAACCAAGACCGAAAGCACAGAACAUAUGUUUAUGUUCUUACAGUCACUGAAAUAUUAGAAGACUGGGAAGAUUCUGUUAAUAUAGGAAGGAAGAGAGAGUGGUUCAAAGUAGAAGAUGCAAUCAAAGUUCUACAGUGUCAUAAACCCGUACAUGCAGAGUAUCUGGAAAAACUAAAGCUUGGCUGUUCCCCAGCCAAUGGAGACUCUACAGUCCCUUCCCUUCCAGAUAAUAACGCCUUGCUUGUGACUGCUGCACAGACUUCUGGGGUGCCACCCAGUAUAAGGUAGAAAGAAUUUGGAGGCCUUCUCUACCACAUGUGAUCUCAUGGGGAGAGGCUUCUUCACUUUCUUUGGAAAACAUCUGAAUGACGCAAACUGAAUUUGCCGUGCAGGGAUUUCAAACAGUUUUGCAUGUAUUUCAGAUGCUUUCAAGUCUUUUAAAACAGAAUAGUGUAAAAAUAUUUUAAGAAGCCAAAGCCAUGUGGGACUUUUUUUUUUAAGAUGCCUUAACUGUGCCCCACCCGUUAUUUUGGUUGCUGUUUUUCACAGAAUUUUUUCAGUUUUGUCAUUGACAUCAGUCUGGUUUGUCAGAUCAAUUUGCUUAUAGGUAUAUUUCCCCCCUAAAUUGUUGCCUUCACUACACUGACAUAAAGAAACAUCCAUCCCCAAACUUCAUAAGAUCACAUUCUUAAUUCCUAAAUUUAAGGCUUGAGAUAUUUCUCUAUAGUCCAAUAACUGAAAAAGGAUUUUUGAUUUGCUGUUUUCAGGAAUUUACCAGCACCUUUGGCUGGAUGUUCACAACUAGUAUUAUAUCAUACCAACCUAAUAGUAUAGCUAUUUCCCCUGAACUACAAUAGUAGUGUAACAUGAAAUGGAACUCUAACGUUUUAGGGAAAUAUUUUUAAGCAAAAUGCAUGUAGUAAGUAUACCCUAUCAUGAAAACUUACUCAUGGAAUCCAUUUAGCAUGGUCAGUCAAUUGCCAGUUCUUUAUAAUUCCUCGUUUAUACAGUGCAUAUUUCCCUCAAUGUAAAUUGUUCUUAAAAUGAAUUUUCAGUUUUCUAGUUUAGUGCCACCUCUUCAGUUAAAUUUCCAUGUUUACCAAUAAUCACACAAUUGGGAGUCUAACAUUCAAUGCCAGUCAGUGAUGACC